CCCUGCGCCGUACGGGCGACGACGACGAGGGAAGAGGAAGCGCCGCCGCCGCUUCUCGCCGUCGCGCGAGCCGACGUGACGCGACGACGAGCGAUCGUCCGUCCGUCGAGGGCUUUAGUCCGCGUCCGCACGUCGACUGAAACACGCGACUCGCGUCCAUCCGGUGCAGUGUGCGCGGUUGCCUGCUUCCUCCUGUCGCUCAACAUCGUCCUGCCGGAUCCAAUAAUAGGAAGCCCAUCGUCCUCUCCUUCCGUCGUCCCUCUCCGACCGCGUUGUCCUCCUCGCGCCGCUCGUUUGGCAUCCUUCUCGUUCCCGCUGCCUCGAGAGAUGCUCCGAUGUGAGCCUUUUUGAGAUAGACGGCGGGGAGGAUGCGCCGAACGUGCGGCAGGAGGAUUAAGACCGCCGGAAAUUCGAGAUGUAAUAUCCGGCGGCCCUAGUUACGGUGUGUGCGCGCCGGUCGGUUCUGUUGCCCUCGGAAUCGGAGGAAGUUCGGUACAACGAAGUCGAUACACUUGGAGAAAGAGGCCUCGAUUCGUAGGAUUUCGGAUUCGAUCGAGUAUUCGCUCACGAAGGGUGUACGUCGCCAAAAGCACCGGCAGCUAGUACCAGAAUCGUUGCCAAAUUCGCGCCACGUGACAACCAUCGUUACCAUUACAAGUACCAUUUCAAGAUCGUCUCUCUCGCCAACACUCCAGACAUGCAUUAACGAAACCACAACUUCGCGAACGAAAUUGCCGGGUUUCUAACGAGAUCUACCCGUGAGUCCUGCAGAAUUGGAGAAACGUGUAGUAGCGUAAAGUCGAGCAGACGAGAAGUCGGUGACAAGGCGGGUACCAUGAAGAGACUCAUUUUCAGCGAAAAGUGAUCUUCGAGGGAUCGAAGAAGCGAAGAGGGGUUUGACGCAGAUUCGGGUCAAGCAAAUCAGGCCGAUUGUAGGCCCGAUCGGUGUGAUGGUCUCGGGGUGGUGCCCGUGCGUGCCAUUAGGGCGUCGGCAAUCGCCGGCCCAGCAGCAACAGCAGCAACCGCCAUCGUCAUCCCGGACGCCGUUCACUGUCAGCGGCGCGACCGAUCGCGCGGACAUGGUGCAGAUGUUCUACUAUGAGAACCGCGGCAAGUGUUGCAAGAAACUGCUCAGAUACAACGGAUACCCAAACAAGGUUUUGCUGUUCCCCGAGGAGGGCUGGGCGAGAAGCGCGAGUAGUUCCUACUGGACUCUGACGCCGUUUUGGUGGAGUCGGAGUCGCUGCAAAGUCGUCGAAGUCGCUGGAACAAGAAGGUACAGUACUCAGGCAAAGAUGGUGGACACGGGCACGGGCACACUUUAUAUUAUUGGCUCGUUCAAGAGGAUGACGACUGAUCCCGAUUUCAAGCUGUACCUGACGUCGAACGUCUCGUCGAGCGACUUCAACAUGGGUUACAGUAUGACGGGCACGCUGGAGCGCGGCUGCAAGAAGACCAACUCCUUCCAAAUGACCCACUUUGCGGUGAUACGACGGCGAGACUACGAGAAGGCAUACGAGGACCCGAAUCCCACCUAGUGUCCGUCCACACCCACAUUCUCCGAGUGUGGGGACUGCGAGCAUUACACGUAGUUGAGGGCGAGGGGCCGCCGGGAGGAGGUGGCGUGCACUUCCGCCUGCGUGCACCGCGCGAGGAAGUGCAUCCGUCCGAUGGAUGCUGGGCAGGAGUCGCUCUUCAACGCGCGAGGUAGGCGCGCGAGCUCCCGGAAAUCCUGAAAACUCCUGGCAGGUCGGCUCGGUGGACGCCUCCUCGAUCCUGAACGGAUCGUGGACGAAAUCGUACGCUUCGAACGAUUCGAUCGGGACAAAUCCCUGUGACGUUAGACCGCUAAGUUGCCUGUCAAGUUUUUUGUUUCUCAUCUGCUCCUAAAAGGCACGCAAUAAAUUCACGUGCGCAGACGAAAUAUGCAACGGUAAUAUUUUAAAAGAAGAAUAUAGAAAUAAAAAGCAGAAGUGGUUGAAAAGGUAAAGGAAGGAAGAAUAGCGCGCGGAGAAAAAGAUAAAUACUGCAAUCGCUGGUGUUAUCUGUGUAAGAGAUCGUAGAAAUGAGAGAUAAUUAAGAUAGAAUGUGAAGGUGGCAGCUUUAAUUUGCGCAGAAUAAACAUUAAACCGCUGGUAAUAAGAGAUCACGGAGAUGAAAGGUGGAAGGAGAUCACGAUAGAGUAGAUUAUGAGAAAACGAGGCUAUCGAGAGCUUCAAUUCUGCCAGAAUAAAUAUUUCUCUCACACAGGAUUGCCCAUAAAGUGAACGCUUAAUGAACCUUUCCGUAAAUACGAAUUCUUUGAAGGCAACGUUCUUUUGAUUUCUGGUAUUUUUCUUGCGCAUAAAUUACGUUGAGGCUUUGAUUAGCGGUCUAACACGUCACGUAGUGGUCCCUGGUACCUCAACAUAAUUCUCAACGCGCAGCAUCUUUGCGCGCAACCGUUCGGGAUUGGAUGAGACCUGAAUCGCGGCGAUCUGCAAGCGAGGAGCAGCGGCGUAGAAGGUAAGAAGAAAAGGCCGACGGAUCGUUACUAACCUGAAGAAACGAAAUACCAAAGCUGAGUGGCGGCCCUGCGCGACAGAGCCAAACGUCCAAAGAUAGUCCUUAAUUUAGAUCGAAUUAAUUAGCUCUUAACGAAGGCCGACGAGCGACGUAUAUACCUAUAAGCGAGGAAGCGUGUAACAAAAGGCGACGUUGAUCGAAGAGAGGAUGCAGAAACUGUUUUACCAAAGUACUAGUACGUAAGUCAUUCGCAACUUUCCGCCGACGAUAAGGCCAAAAUCGCAUCAUACAGACACAUACGCGUAUACACGUAUUCAUACGCACAUACACACGUGCACACAUCCAACCCACAAGGUACACUGCUUCUCAUCGAUCGACGCAUCGAUGGCCGCCGCCGCCUCGUCGAGAUUACGCGACAGUUAGUAAGUGAUUAGCGACUAAGGCUUUUUCUCGGUGAAUUCACGGCGAGUCAAUUGCCUAGGGUAGAGUUUUAUGUGCCAAUCCAAAAGCCAUCGUUGACGAGCACUGUACCUGACAAUUACCUGCGAGUCAGAGCGCGAGAACGUGCGCGGUUUCCUAGCCCGUGCCGGGCGAAACGAUGUUUUCAACCCCCGAUUAGUCGAGAGAUCGUUUCAGAGUGAAAUCUGCGGAAUCAUUAAGGGAGAUAAAAACAUUCAGAGUAGAACUAAGACGUUUUAGGACUUUGCGACGCUGCCUGCCAACUAGUUCCCUAAUUAAUUCUCUAUUUUCUCUUACAAUAUACAAUAAUAUUAUACUUAUAAUAUACAAUUCUCUCACGAUAUGUAUAUGCAGAGGCACGAUAGAAUUCUUGAAAAUCUUAUUCUGAUUUUAUCAUCACUUUCUAAUUUUAUUUCGGUAUUUAUCAUAAAUUCAUAAAAAUGUACUAUUUUUUAAUUCUUGAAUGCGGAUCAUUUAUUGCAAAACGCAAUACAGAGCAGAUUCAUACUUUUGAUGAUUUAUACUUUUGCAUAUCAAUAUCCACGUCUAGCGGUUUUGUCGGUGGACAUCUAUUACAUUUCGAGUUUGACGGGUGAUUCGCCGGUGGGUGGUAGAAGGGAAAUUUCAUAUGGUGCGGUCCGUGUCAGGACGGCGGUUAUAAAUAUCGUUUCGCCUCUGGUCCAGGCUUUAUAGGCAGUAUAUAGAGCUGUAGCGUGUAGCCGGCUUACAAGGUAUUUCAAAGCUUGUUACGCGCCCCUUUCUUUGAGCCACCGCCGACAGACGUCGCUCAAGGAAGGAAGAAAGCCCGCGAGAGAGAGAGAGCUUCGCUGCACUGACGCCGGACACACACGACACAAAGCGAGAGACCUCUCUUACCUUAUCUUACCUUACCUUACGCGGGAUCAUCGUGAGCCGGUGUUUUGUAACCUCUAACACGAUACUUAUUUUUGCUAAAGAGUAGGAAAGUCGCUCACGCCAGUCACGAUGUAUCCCCACAUGAAAUCUGAGCGAUCCCACCGGUUGUUCGUUCAGGACGGAAAAUGGCGAGUCGAUGGAGAACCGAAUAAGAGAAAGAAGCAAAGCCUCCAAUAACAGGGCUUCGUGAAAAAUUAAACACGACGAAUCGUGCAUUAUUUAUAUAUAUGUAUGUUAAAUUAUUUAUUUAUGAUAAAUGAUGUGAUGAUUAUCGUUACUGGACUUUUUUGUUGUGUCACAAUUCGGGUCAUUUCUAUAUAAAAAUACCAAUUGCGGAGACUACUUGUCCAAAUUUGAAAUAAUUCGCUCGCCUGCGUCUUUGCGAGAGAUCGGUGAACAUCGAACUAGCGGAAAAUUCUACUAUUACAUGAUAAACUCGUCGUGCGUAAACCCCCUUUAUUAUAAUCCUCGAUGAGAAUCUAGUACCUUCUGCUUUUGCUCAAGGAAUUAAUGCCAAAUAAAUACUAUGUGCAAUAGAGCGCAAGGAAGUUAAGUCGUUUGCAUUUUGAUAUAGGAUACGCGCGUUGUGUUGUUUUGGGAGCUUUUGUUUAACAAUCGAGAUGAUGUUAGAUGUGUUUUCGAGUGUUGGACUAAAUCUAGAAUGCUUUUCUAGAGAUUGUUCUCCUCAAAAUAAUGUCGCAUUCAUAGUUGUUGAGUCAGUCCAAUUAAUCCUUCCGGUAUCAAAUUUUAUAGAGGUCUUAAAAAUGCUUUUCAGUAAUUAUACUUUCACCUUUUCGCAAAUUCGCUAUGCUUCAUUAAUGAUGUAUCAAUCCUUUAAAAUAGAAGUAAUUCGUUGAAAUAAAGAAAAAUUAAAUUUGAACAAACUCUUCCACUGCUGAUUGCACGUUAUGUUGGAUAAAAUUAGUGAGAUUUACUGUUACUUUUGCAGUUUCUAAAUCGUUGAUUAAUUUUUACAAUUUAGAUUAUUAAAACUUGAUUUAUAUGACAAAUAAUGGAAAUUGUGCAAUAUGUAGCACAAGGAUACUGAAAGGGUUAACUCGGAAAAACCUUGUAGUUUAUUGUUCCAACUUUCCGUUGCGUUAUAGCAUUGCCGACGCUUUCCUCGCAUUAGAGUGAAUGAAGGCAAUCGAAUCCAGCUGGAUUCAUCGAGCCUCUUAUUCGAGUGAAGUUACAUGUUACAGGGUUUAACGCUUUUUCGCAAUUCAAGAGGAUGAGCUGAAAGAAUGUCCGUUGCUUCGUUCAGCCAUUAUUUUAUGAUUGACGUUUCUAUAAAAAUUAUCGAAAGGAGAAACAAUUCUCCGUAAAUUGAUACCGCUCGUGAUAUAGUAAACUCUCGUUAGCUCGAAUCCCGCUCUGCCGCGUAUCCUUCUCUAAUACAAGCUGCUACUAGUUUCGAGUUCCUCCGAAUUCGCCCUAACGAGGGUUCAUUGUAUUCGUACUUGCCAUUGUGUGUGCCGGAAUUAUGUUCGUUAUCAUUACCUACAUUACUUGGAUUGCGAAAAUCAAGUAGAGGAUCGAUAAGAUAGCGUAUCACCACGUUGUACAUACGUAUAUAAUGUAUAAAAUCCACGCGUGCACAUACACAUACACAUUCGCAUAAUACACGUGCAGAUAUACAUACAUAUACACGUGCACGCACCACAUGUAGAUGUAACUUUGCGGGAACCUAGUUGAUGUUGUAGAUCGUUACAUUAGUAUUCGUGAUGCUUCUCUUAGCUGAUCUAGUCGUUAGAUCUAACACGGAUCACCCGUCGUAGCUAGAUUGUUUUCGAUAGCGGCAGAUUACACCGACGGAAUUACACCGAGAACUUUCGCGCGAGUUCUGAUUUCGCAGACUUCUUGGACGAGUCGUCGUAUAAAUUUUGCAGCGUCCUUCACAAGCAUAUUUCUCUAGGAAAAACAAGAGCAUGGCGCAAUUCGACACGAUUUACUUUCCAUUUUACUCGAUGAGCAAUCUUGCCGUUUUAUGAUGCCGCAGUUCCUAAAAUCCAACAAUGAAAUUUCCGGUGUCAAACGAACGCGAGUCAGAUGAGACGAUGUCUCGCUCGACUUCCUGGCUCUUAAGAGUCAUGACUGUCGAUUUAUGACGCACUCAAUCGAGGUUGGCAGGAAACCGAUCUGUGAAUGUGGAACUUGUUAAGAUCUUCGAUAAAUUCAUUGCACUACCGUCUUUCUCGCCACUACCUAUACCUUUUACUACCGAAAUUUCCCGUGAACUAUUAAAGUUCUUAAAAUGUUAAAUUUAAUUAACUAUUAAAGUUCACAAAAUGCGACGAAUAUUUCUGUUCAUAUAAUAAUGAAGCACAUGAUCAAUGUAAGAUCGAUCUUUUCCUAAUAAAAUUAUCGAAUCGAGCUUCUUUUCUCCGUGAACUGUAAGAAACUAAUCUUCAAUUUCAGGCAUUUAAGUGACUGAAUAUUUUUAUUAAAAUCUCUAAUAAACUUUAAAUUGAGCAAAAAGAAAGUUUGGAAGUUUUAACAUGAAACGUCCAAAUUUUGGUGUUCAGAAAUUAUGGAAAAUUGUCUAAUCAAGUCAAGGCAUUGUUGCAAAUUUAGAACAUUCUGUAAUAAUUGUUGCAGGAAUAUUAUUUCGGUAUGACAGGCUGUGUAUUAUUCAUUUCACGCUCGCCGCGAAGGUUCUCGGUUUCUUCUUCGGUGGAAUAAUAUUAUCAUCUCGCCUAAAAUGUUAGUGGUCGUGUCCUCACUUUUCGGGGUAGUCUUCUCUAUAGCCUUUUAGGAUGAUUUAAGUGAAUACGUACGUCCGAUAUCACGGUCCCUCCUAACUACUUAGCCGUAGUUUAGACCCACUGAUGCACGCUUCCUUCGAGUCUAAAGAGAAGCCACCUAUCUUUGUCUUCGAGCUGCACAACGGGUCUCUAGUCUAUCUUAUCACAUCACGCUACCUAAUCGCAUCCGAUUGUCUUGAAUGCAUCAAUUCUAUUACCGAGUGUAUUUUGAACAGGUAUUAUUUAUCUCUAUAUAUAAUUCUUUAAAUAUUCAUUACUAUUAAUAUUAAUUACUUCAAAUAUUAAUUAAUAAUUGCGAGUCUAUCAAUGUUCCUGUAAUUCUCCAAACUAGAAACUCCGAAAACUUACAUCUUAUAUCUACUAAAUAUUUCAAACGGAAAGAUAAAAGCAAUUAUUGAUAAAGCAUUAUAUAAAAAUUUAAAGCAUCUUUAGCUUUUUUAAAGAAUAUUAUUAAAGAUACUAUGUGCUUUUACGGUUUUAUCUUUCAUCUCACGAAGAAAGCAAAAAUGAUAUCAAAAAUCGAUCUUGGCGAAUCGGAUGCGGAAAAGGAAGCUGGUCGUGCCCUAUCUUCAAGAUAUAGCAAGAAUGUAAACGUAGAAGAUGCCAAGUAGUGGUUCUAGCAAAAUCGAUGAUCGUCGUCGUCGUAUUUCAUCGUCAAGCGUCGCGAUGCUGUCGACACUCCACUUUUCAUUUCUAUCCCAAUUCACUUCUUUGUACCUUGUUUCUUCUUAUUUUUCUCUGAGAUGUUCUCCCUUUUUCUCCUCUUUCCCCUACCAUCCUUUCUCUCUCGUUAGAACGCCAGUCGAAUCUUCACCGCUCACGCAACCGUCGAUCGACAAAUUUUAUUUUUUCUAGGCGGCAAAGAUCCUCGACUCGCGAUCUCGCGAUUUCCGAAUAAUAUGCAAUGGGAGGGGUCGACAUCACGACGAAUUGAUGAUGACUUUCGUCGGGAUGCGACAGUCGAACUUGAUAUCAACAAGUGAUUAGAUUAAGUGAGAAGAUUAAUGACCAAAGAAUGAAGCGUUUAAAAUAUGCUGGAUUCACAAAACUUUUUUUACAUAAAGUAUGAUGUCACAUAAAGUACACUUAAAAUAGUCACAUAAAAUAAUCUUUAAAAAAGGUACAUCUAAUGUAUUCUUCAUCUACAUUUUAAUGUAGCAAUUCUUCGGUAUCUGUAUUUUGAAUAAUACAAUCGCUAAAGCGAACAUAGCUCCAUUGCUUCAUUUGAUUAAGCGUUUAAUUGCUUCGAAAUUGCACAUUACGAAUAAUCGGGCGACUGUCGCAUCCAUAUCUCCGUUGUAAUCGAUGUGUAGCCACGUAGCAAAUAACCGAGAAUUAGAAGGAAUGUAUCCUUGUAACAACUACUAAACGGAUUGCGAUACUACGCUAAUCGUAAGAGGAAACGAAAGAAGUAGAAAGACAGGAGAAAAAUAUACGAACGAUGUAUUCGUAUUCAAAGCUAUGGCUGUGAUCUUCAUUAAUUAAUCAGUAAAUUGUAUUCAACAUUAUACACAUAAAUAUAUAUAUAUAAAUAUUAUAUAUUAUAUAUAUUAUAUAUUAUACGUAGGGGAGGGGGGAGGGGGAUUAUACGGCGAUAUACAUAUUUAGUGAUAAAGGACACGAUAUUUUGCACACACACGCACACACAAACACACACAUACACCCCGUUGCAUUUCGCGUCUCUCCUAUCUUUUUUCUCGACUGGUCGAAAUUUACUGUAUUUGCGAUCGCGCCUCUCCGCGGCGGCAACGGCGGCGGCGACGGCGGCGGCGGCGUGGUAGCUUUAUUUUUUUAUCUGGUGCUAAAUCCCAGAGAAUACUAAUAGCAUGCAAUUUCGUUGAUCGAGACACCGAUUGAUCCCUAGGCGUUUUUAUCCAAUAGCGAGAAUUGAAACCGGCGGGAUUUCAACGCACAAACGAUCCGUGCAACUCUGAAAUACGAGACGAUAUUUCACGCGCGUAUACAUUGAUUCAUGAAUAAAAGCAAGCGCGAAAACCCUAUACAAAUGUGACUUUUGAAACUUAUGUUUUCGUUCUAUUGCGCAAAUACGACUGUUCGCUCUUGCGCUCAGCGAAUGCAAAAAUUAAAUGCGGCCGUUCAAGUUGCGCAGCGUAAUAGCAGAAUCAAUUUUUAUGACGUACUGUGUGUGGUGCAAAAAUUCCGCUUUCAGAAAUAGGAAAUUAAAAUGAUCGUCACGUAAAAUGGAAUUCUUUCGAUUGUUAUCCAAGAUCCCUGUUUUAGUAGAUCACGUUGUUGGGAUAUUGCUCCCUAUUUCAGACUUGCUCCAAAUAUAAUAUCUAUUUCCGAUGAGGAAAUUGUGAAUUUUGGCACGAGAUCUGUUUUCUCAUCUUUUGCGUGUUUGCAGUCAGAAUCUGGAAAACUGGGGAAUUGCGCCGGUUUGGAUUCUCGCAUCGGGAAAAUCCUACAGUUUUUAGAAUAACUAAUGUAUAUUUUGCAUGUCGGCGAAUGAUUGCUCACUGUUUUCGCGUUUGAUAGAGAAUCAAAUCCCGAAAUCAAAGCCGUUAGAGCGCGACAUAGCUCCUAAGGUCUCUCUGCGAAACCACCAACAAUGCGUAACGCACACGUAACGAUUCGUUUAACAACGUACGUCUAAUUAAUCGAUUAGGCCGUAGGCUUAACGAGCGCGGUAACGCCGCGCGCAAUUGUAGGUACGCGCGAUGAAAGGGCGUAUAACAGUGGCCCUGCGGCUAACGAGAGAAUAUUCACACAACACGUCACAAAUACAGGUGAAUAAAAGAGCUUCACGAUAAACGAUAAUGAUAUGGAGAAAUGUAACCAGGAAAAAGCUCGCGAAACAAAAGAUAAAUGAAUUAAAUAUAUCAUUUUUCCAUGAUAACUUACAAAUGUGUGAAGUUUAUUCAUAUAUCUAAAUUUAAAAAUAUUGAAUUAUUCUUUAUAAAUUAUUAAAAUCAAGAAUUUUUCUUUUAAUCUGUCUAUCGCAAUUGUAUAUUUUAAUUUCUAUACGGGAUAGAGGGAUAUUUAAUGCACAUUAUCCUAGAUAAAUGUUUGGACAUGUUCAGUGGAUGUUUCUCUGCAUGACAAUCUGAAUAUUCAAUUGUUUUGAAUAUAUGUAACUUACAAAACAUUUUGACAUCCAGCGAUAUCGAUUGUAUUAUUAUCGUACUUCAACAACCGACAUACAUGCAAUAUUGAUUGUGAAGCUUUUUCAUUCACGAUACCGCAUACAACCAAUGUGAAAUCAAAAUAAAAAUCCCGUUGCUCACUAAACCCAAGACUGUAUAUUUUCUACCAACUGUACACAAACAUAAUCAUAUAUUGCACUCUAUUCUCGCCACUAUUGUACGCCGUGAACCGUGCGACGCCGUGCGCAAGAGAAGAUCCUCGAUGUUGCUUCGAAGAUCCUCUCGAUGCCCUGCAUCUGUAAAACGAGCGACAGAGAUAAUCAGUUGACCGCGAUUUCUUCGUUUCUCCGAGUAAAAGCUGUGCGAAUAAAAUCAAAAUAUUCUUUCCGACCCAGUAAAAUCAAAUAAGAUUCACCCAUUAUGUUUUAGUUAUUUUUCAACACGUUUUGUUAUCAAAGAAAUUAUUUUAUUCUUACGAUAUCUUUUCUCUUUUUAAUUGAGAUAUGUAUGUAGAUGUAAAUCAACAAAAUGUGUAACAAUUCUUUUUGAAUUACUGACUAAUCCAAGUUACAAUUUAUAUACUUUUAAGUAUGUAUUUCAUUUAUGUUGGAUUAUUCAUGUAAUCAAAGAGAAUAUGUUUAUUUAACAACUUGACAUCAAACUUGACAUAAUAAAUGCGAACGUCAUUACCGUCAUAGGACCGGAAAGAUUAAAUAAAAUACAAAUAUCCUUGCUGCCAGUAACGGAACGAAGGAAGCGCCGGUGUUCGAUGUAUUUUCACUACAGUCCUGUCUACAGUCAAUUCAUUUUGUAUCUAUACCUAAUCUAUGUAUCUAUCGUCAUAAUUUAUGCCGAAUAAAUGUUACAUUUACGCAUAUCAGA